AUGCUUCUGUAUGACCACUCUAGCGCCCAGGAGGUCUUCUCGACUAUUAGAGAUGAUGACCUUCUUAUUCCAGAGUUCAUUGAAGACGGCGAACUCUUAUCAAACGAAGCAAGUAAAGACAGUGGAGCCAACCAGCUGCGCCUGCAGUCUCUCGAGAUCAUCCUCCAGUGCGCCAUUCGAACCAGGGAUUGGGAGAGAGCACACAGAUUGAUGCACCGCAUAGAGACCACAACCCCGGGCUACUUCACGACGAGCAAGGGAAAGACAUCCAUGUGGCCGUGGCAACGCAGUCUCUACGCGGGAUUGAUCCAUGAAAAAACCGACAAGAGGGGGCUUGCCUCAGAAUUUUUCUGCCAAUCUCUUAAGCUUUUCCUGUGUCUAUACAUGCAUGUGAUGUUCCCGCACGAUAACAGAAGAAUAUGGAGCCUGCCGGAGCCGUCGCGGUUAAUCGCUGCCGUAGCUCGACUCUUUAUGACCGAGCCUUCACCAUACACCGAGCUAGAUCUGAGGACACCGGAAGCGGGAUCGAUCCUGUUGUCAUCGCCUCCUGAUAAGAUGUGCUAUGAUCAUCCUGACGACAGCGAGACAUCUGAGUACGCGUUAUGGGCGAUGGAGCUUGGAAGGACUAGAACUGUCUGGGACACGUUGAGGAACCAUGGCUCUAUCGAUGCUGACUUUGCCACUGCCCUGAUCAAGGAAGAAAAGUGGCUGGAGCUCUGCUCCAAGGAUGACUUGAGCCCUGAGGAAAGAGCAGAGUUCCAGAAGCUUACCGAAGAAGAGGACGAUUUUACUGGACUUCUCCACCGGUCAAGGGGUGGUGAAAUAUCCCAAAGGAAGAUGGAAGACUUGAGAAAUCCCGUGCACGAUGUUAGUAAGUUCUGGAAGGCCAUUCCACGCAAUGCACUGGUGGUGUACACUUGUAUAUCUGAGGAUGGCUUCAGUAUUAUGUUCAUCAGCGACCUAGGCCCCCUGCUCAGUAGAGUAUCCGUGGAAACCAGCUCAGCAGCGUUUCAGGCUACCGUGAUCAUGGCUCUGUCUGCAAUACGAGAGCAGAAAGGAGAAUUGGACAUCCUGAUACCGGUGCUCGACAAGCUUAGUAAAUGGCUUCUUCCACACGAUUUCGGCCAUUGGAUUGCCCUUUUCCCGCAUCUCAUCUUCUGUGUCACUGGCGAACUCGCUCAGCUGCCAAUGGGGCUUCUCCGCUUUCGCGGAGACUACCUGGGGCUCAAGAAAAAGAUUUCACACGUUCCAAGCCUCGCAACACUUCACCACCUGCGCACACGGGACACAAAACCCAUCAUGAGUUCGACAGAAAUUUCGAUCAUCGCCAGGCCCGGCAGCCUUGCUGAUUGUAGGGUCACCGGGAUAGAGCCCCUACACAUGGCGGGAGUUGAGGCCCUGAUGGUCCAGAGCCUCACCCAAGGGACACUUCAUAAUGCCAAAGACGUUACGAGCGGAAGUUUCGUCGAGCAGUUCGAGAAGGCGAGAAUCCUCCAUAUGUGCACCCAUGGGCUCAUCGAUCCCGAUCACCCCCUGAACUCGCAUUUGCUUCUGCAGGAUCGCCUGAGGGUGCUUGACCUGCUAUCGGCUCGUUCCGAUGUUGACCUUGUAAUUUUCAGUGCUUGUCUUAGCGGGUCAGGCAUAGCGUCCGAAUCUGGGGACGUGGUUGGGUUCUCGCACGCCAUCUUAGCCGCCGGAGCUCGGUCGUACAUAGGGGCUAUGUGGAAGGUCAACGAUAUAGCGACACUGAUGCAGAUGACGUUAUUCUACCUCAAUGUCACCAAAGGGUGCCUGGUAUCUGAAGCGUGGCGUUUGGCCGCUGUGGAGCUGAGAGAUUCAACGCCCGAGUCCAUCAGGCAGUUCCUGAUAUCUAUGAUCGAUCGAUGGGAUGCCUGGGAGGCAGAGGGGCAGGCAUCCGAGUCUGUUGCUCCGCCCGCUCCGGCAUCGCCUCCACCUAACGUCACGCACCGCCCCGAUGCCCACGUCUCUGAUUGGCCAACGUCUGCAGAGCGAGGAAUACGGCGGCCGGCAGUGGGGCCGCUAACCAAUGGAACGACUACCGUCAGCGUUCCCGUCUGA